UGCCCAUCUGCUGCUUCUGUAUUAUGAAGAGAAAUGGUUUUAGUCUAAGGACUAGAAUCAAGCUUGCUCAGAAGAUGCCUGAUGCUUAUGAAGAAAUGAUUAAGCUUCGUUCUUAUAUCAUUAAUUUACACAAGAAUACCAACUUUGAACUUUGCCACACAGCAAAUAUGGACGAAGUUCCACUUAACUUUGAUGCUCCUUCCAACAGAACUGUGAAUCAAAAAGGGGCCAUCAAGACAAGAGGGCAUGAAAAGACUCGCACAGCUGUCCUGGCAUGCUGUGCUGAUGGUACCCAGUUGCCACACAUGCUCAUUUUCAAAAAGAAGGAUCAAGAUGGUAUGAAGCUUUGGAGAAAGAGACCUGGGAACCUUUUUAAGAAGCCAUCUAUGCCAGUCCAGUGUUAGAUCAGUUUAGGGUACAUAUAACUGAUGGGACAAAAAAAGUUAGAAACCCAAUUGGCAGUUAUUCCUGGUGGCCUGACAAGCCAAAUCCAACCUGUGGAUAUUGGUAUCAACAAAGCAUUCAAGUAACUAAUGAGAAAUGAAUGGAGCAAGUUGAUGCAGGGGGGGGGGGACUCCAACCGAACACCAACAGGAAAAGUUAGGAAGCCAACAAUCAGUGAAGAAUCCGUGGAA